AUCAAUGAUUGAGCGAGGAAUUGUCAAAUGUCAUCCUUGCCACGUGUAGUACCGAUAGCUUUUUCCUACAGUGCAAUAAGUGACAAGCUACUGGAAAAGGUAGUGGAGAACUAGAACAUUGUCGGUAGCAAUGAACGGGUUGAACACUAGACGUAUCUUCAUGGGUCAGUUGCCGAGACACACUCGGGACUUCCACGUGAAGAUAGUGUUGGACAGUUACCACUUCUCCUCUCGGGUGGUGAAGAUGGGCACUGGCUAUGCAUUCGUGGACAUCGAAGACAGACAGGGGAGGGAUGAAGAGACACUUCUGCAGGUGUUGAAAAGUAUUCAUGUAGAUGGUCAGAGUGUGAAGGUCGAGUUCUGUUCAUCGGGUCCACGAUCAUACGGAUCGGAUAGACGGGUGAAUAAUAACAAAGUGGUGGUUCACAAUUUGCCGGAUUCCCUGUCUCUACAAGAUGUGAAGGCCUUUCUCAGCGAUGUCUCCAAUGGGACUAUCAACGUCAAACAGUGUGACAGGGCGAACAACAAGACACUCUCCAAAGCAUCAUACAUUGUACAUCUUAAUACUCCAGAAGAGGCGCAAAUAGUGUUGAACAGUGUGACCGGGGUAGUGUAUGGAGAUGCUACUCUGAAGGUGGUGCCUUUUGCCGAGAACCACGGAGGCAGGUACAAGUACAGGAGCAACUCUGUUAGUGACAUCUCCCACGCUGCGCCCAACUCGCCCGUCUAUCCUUUCCGAUUCUUGGUGCCGACUCACAUGAUUGGUGGCAUAAUUGGAGUGAAUGGAGCCACAAUCAAGAAAUUCCAAAUUGAGUCUGGAGCUAGAUACAUCAUAGUGGACGUUCAGCAGAAAGAUGAACGAUUUCCUGAUGAAAAGCCAGUGACAGUUCUGGGAAGUGCGGAAUCACAGAUAUCAGCAAUGGAUAAAAUACUAAAGUUCUUGGACGACUUGAUCGUUUCGAGGUGGUGCAGUAAAGAAGAGCUAACAACGAAGUCAAACACAUGUGUUAAAAGCAGCAGUGCAAAUGUCCUAAAUGGUCACGCUGAAAACGGAUCCCACUCCUUAGUAAACGGAACUCAUGACGAAGAGCGCUCAGAGUGCCUUAGCAAUGGAAAUGCAGAAACAGGCGCAAUUCAAAGUCAAGCAAAUAACCUCCAAAUUCCAGAUGUCAUAUCGGAUUCUCUUGCCGCGACCAGCAACGAAGCUGCAUCGCAAGAUCACAGAUCAUCUAACUCGCCUUCCUUAGACUCAGGGAUCAAAUCAGAAUCAUCCGAAAACGGUUCCAGCGAGCUGCAAAGCCAAGAAGUGCCAAAAGAAACAAAGAGUUCUGCUUCUACGAAGUCAACAGCUUCGCCAGUUGAGUUCGGAACGAUGACUGAAUUUCGAGUGCCGUUGACAGUUAAAAUUCUAACUCAUGACCACUUGAUUGGUAGGCUGAUAGGUCGCGGAGGUUCAAACCUGGCUGAGAUCAAGAAAAGCACGGAGACGAGGAUAACCAUUCCAAAUAGUGCUCCUGGAAGUGGUUGUAAUGGAAGUGGAUUCCACUGCGAAUCCAACGAAGGAGCAACGGAAAUGGAGAGAAUCAUCACAAUAGACGGGGAGAGAAGUAAGACAACUCAGGCAGCUAGAGCCAUGCUAAUCAAGCUCAGGGCAUCCUACGAUCGAGACGUCGAUCAUAUCAUGAAGCAACAAGCCAACAUGCAGUCUCUUUACCCCACAAAUGGAUGGUCCCAUUUCGGGAACCCUUUCAUGGGUGCGGCGCCUCCACCAUCCUACGCGCAUCAGUUCCUGACGUCGCAGGCUGUAGCACCCACUGAUCCCUUCACUCUUGCCCGUCUGGGGGCGGCUCUACCCUCGACCUAUCAGACUAUUCCGUCGAUGUUGGGUGGACAUGGUGGUGCGCAGUUCAUGCCUCAAUCACAAGUGAAUGCGUCGUUUGGCACUGGCCAGCUCAAUGUGCCACCUCUGCCUGUUCCUCCAAUUUUCUUCGAGCAGAUGCAGGGACAAGAGCCAGUGAUGGUCCAGGAAACGACCUACAUGUAUAUUCACCAUGGUGCGGUUGGUGCUAUCAUUGGCAACAGGGGAGCGAACAUCCACAUGAUUAAACAGCUGUCCCAGGCACAAGUCACAGUGGACACGCAAAGUGAUCAUCAGAGUGCCCAGAAGAAAAUCCGAAGCAUAGUGCAAAAGGGCAAAGCCAGUCCAGGACUCAGUGGAUUUUUGCCAGGCUUCGGCGACCCUCAUGUGAACGCUUUUCCGAACAUGGGCACGCCUGUUACGCCUAAAUCGCCUGCCACAAUUGCCGCCUCAGGGUCAUUUAUUAACGCAGCAGUAAAAAUGGCCGGGGGUAUGUCGUUGGGCGCCUCGGCUGCUCCAGGAGCCCCGACAAUGUCCGCUGCCUCAGCUCAACAACUCGUAGCAACUUUAAACAACUGCGUCGCUGCUAAUUCAAAUGCUUCAUUAUCUAAUCACGCGAACACAAUUGCCUCGCCAGUGAUCAAUGUCUCUGCUGCGUUUGGACAAUUUUGACAUAAUUACGUUGAAUGUAAUGUCAAAAUGAAUGGUGCUUCAAAAACUUGAAAACCGCUUUACUACUUUUGACGUACGACACUAAACGCCUUAAACUUGAACAUAUCGUUCGAAAGAUAUGAAACUAAAUUUCAUCUCUCGUGGUACUAUGUUUUGUUUUUCGUUCAGUAUGUAUUUAACUUUCGAUUUAGUGUGACCGGAGCAAGUCAUGUUUCGAUAUCUUAUUAUAUUUUUAUAUUUAUACCAUUUUCAUGCUUGUCUGCAAAUUGUGUGCCUAGUGAUUUGCUUUCAGUUUUUGCAGAUUAUUUUUCACGAAAACGCUAUUCAGCAUUUUCUCUAAGUUUAUAUUUGAUCAGAAACAUUUCUCCAUUUCAGUGACUUAAUAGCUUCGUUUUGUAGAAUUUUGAUACGAAAAGUUCUGAAAAUUGAUUUAGCCAGUUUCAGCGAAUGCUUAUUUUGAAAGAAUGA